AUGGCUUCAUCUGAUUCUUGGUUACCUUUAAAAAGUUUACAAACUAUAUUAAUGACACGUACAUCAUUUAAAGUUAAUGAAGAACAUUUAUUAAAUUUAGCAAUAAAAGCACGAUUAGAAAAUCGUGAAUGUGGUUAUUUAUCAAGACGUGGUGGACAAGAUCCAUCAUCAUCACCAAAUAAAUGGCAAUUAAAAUGGUUUGUUCUAUAUCAAAAUUUACUUUUUUAUUAUGAAAAUGUUAAUUCAACUAAACCACAAGGAGUUUAUUUUCUUGAAAGUUGUUAUUCAACACGUUCACCAACUAAAAAUAGUAAAGAUGGAGAGAAAUUAGUAAGUAGAUAA